AUGCACAUCAAAAAGCUUCCGUUCGAGAUCGUUUCCACGAUCCUUGAGGAGGUUGUUGAGAGCAACAUCCGUGAUGGGCCUAUGUACACCUUCGGUCUGACUCAAGUCCCGGUUCCCCUUCGAAAAGCCAGCGUGCAACGCUAUGUGAAAGGGCCUAUCCAACCGGAGAUGCUCAGGUGGGAUGCAACGUCUGGCAUACGCCGAGUGUGCUGGCAAUGGCACGAGUGGGCUAUAGAAUACGCCCUCAGGAGUGUUUCCAUCAACCGCUACAAAGGAGGAGAGCGAUGGGCGGAGCUCUCAAACCGGCGAUCGAGCUAUCUGCUUUAUGAGCUCAUCGACAGACCCACCGGUACUGCCGUGUAUCGAGAUCCGCUUGCUUCGCUCAAGCAAACAAUCAAAACCUUCAACGACUUUCCUGAACUGGCUUCCAAAGUCAAGCGCAUGUGGUUCCAAGGUUUCUACACUCCUGAAACAAACCGCCUGAUAGCUGAUCUGCUGCGAAAUUGCAGGCAGCUUGCGUCUAUGUCGAUUCCGUGGACCACGAUCCGGUAUCUAGAUUCGAAAACAUGGCGGACUAUAGUCCCAGGUAGAGGCGGGUCGCUAGAGUCAUUGGAGUUCCAAUGUGUCGAACCGACGUUCCAGCAGGCUGCCGAGAGAGGGAACCAUAUCAUCUUUGAACCAUUACAGUCACUCGAUCUCAGCCAGUUGCGGCGAUUGAAACUCUUAGGCGAUACCACCUUUAUGCCCAUUACUGACCACGACUUGUCUGCUGUUGCUCGUACGGCGACCCACCUGGAAGAGUUCCAUGUCACGUGCACUUCCAACGUUACCAUUGAGGGUGUCAUGGCUAUUGUGAAAGCAUCGCGAGAUACACUCCGGGUGCUUGAACAUAGCCCACUGUCGCAGCACGGCUUUCGAUACCCUCAUGUCGGAUCUUCGAGCCGCUGUGAACAUCUUUGCGACACGCUCAGAUCCUGCGCCAGGCUACGAACCUUGUCCAUCUCACUUCCUUCUGCGUGUGCAGAUCUCUUUACUCGCGAGGAUGCUAGGUUCAAUGGUGAUCUCCAGGUGCGCGCGCUGCAUAUCUGUGGAUACGAAGGAAACCUUCCGACACCUGCAGCAACUGAUGCCUUGCAAGCUUUACUCCAGGCGGCUCGUGGCCUUGUCCGCCGGGGCGCAGAAAGCUGCGUGCCUCGAGACAUCUACGUGGAAGUUUUCUUCGUCAAGUGCAUCUUCGAGCCAGGAUUCGGCUUGGUUCACGGUGAUUUUGCUCUGGCGCAAAUCUCGUCUAACGGACUUUGGCCGGCGAAUAUGGGACCUAGCGGUAAGGGCCCGUACGGAAAUGUCGGCCUCGACGACAAGGACGAAGAGAGGCCCUUCCAGUGUAUCGAUGAGGACGAGUUCCUGACGGGCGUCCAUAGACGACUACAGUCCAUCUCGUCCUAA